GCCACGCCGUCAUGUCCUCGGUCGCCACCACCUGCGCCGUGGACGUUCCUGUUGCCAUCAAACGUAUUCAGACCAUUCACAAACACGCCAGUGACGUGACCAAAUGUUGUUUUUCCAAACGAUUUCAUCUGGCUGUCGGGUCAAGCGACCGGACGGUGAGCGUGUGGGAAUGGCGGUCGGGCCACGGUUUCGAAGAAAAAUCAUAUUCGCCACUCACCCACCAUAAGUACAUGGUGACUGGUGUACAAUUCGAUGGAGAUGCUACCAUCUUGGCUACGUCGUCCUUAGAUGGUAGCACUACGCUGUGCGAUGUCGAGACCGGGCGAAUUGUGCACACAUUUGUUCAAAACAGUUGCGGUGGGAUAAGAUCGUCGUGUUUCGUGGCGAAUUAUAAAUAUUUUGUAUCAGCUGGUGACGACGGGACCAUGUGCAUGUGGGACAUGUUUAGACGAGUACUAGUCAGGACAAUUACAGCGCACGAAGAGGCUAUAUCGAUGGUAUGUUGUUCUACAGACUCCAGAAUAAUGUUGACGGGUGACACGACGGGGGUAGCCAAAGUGUGGCCAGUCUCCGAGUUGACCGAUACUUGUGGAAAAUCUACUCCUUUAUAUGUAUUAUAUGACUGCCACGAUAUGGGUGUAAAUUCUGCCGACAUAUCAACUGUCACUGCAAUAACAAAUAAGGGUAAAGUGUACAGCGCGCUGACGUGCGGUAACGACAACUUGGUUAAAAUCUGGCAACUGACUCUGUGGAAGAAAAACACAAGUUCUCAUCAGUGUGCUGUCGAAAUGGUUCAGUCACUGAAAGGCCAUUCAUCGACGGUGACGAGUGUGUGUUUUUGCGGUGGUGACGCCACGCUUUUUGCGACCACGUCGAUGGAUAAGACUACAAGAAUUUGGCGGAUGGUCAAUUCAAACAAUGCAGUGGCAUUACAAGUGUUGGAAGGACACACCCGUUACGUUAACACUUGUGGAUUCUCUCAAGACGGUUUACUGUUUGCAACUGGAUCCAACGACAGGUCUGUAAUUGUCUGGGACGUGAAAGGCCAUUUAGAUUUAAACGUAAAAUUACACGACUCGUCAGAGGACUUAAAAUCUGCAGUUAACAUCAGAAGAGACAUUCAAGUAGAAGUGACUCUUAGGAAAAAAGUAAUGUUUACGAAUGCUGUAAACUCGUGUGAUUUUAGCAACGAAUGUAAAUACCUUGUAGCGGCCGGCGGCGACAAGACCAUCAGGGUUUGGAAUAUUGACGAAAACGAACAUAUUGAAGAGUGCGAAGACUCGCCGUUGUAUGCUCACCAUUAUUCGGUACAACAGAUGGUCAUCUCUCCAUGCUCGUCGUACAUGGCGUCCUGUUCGUUGGAUGGAAUGACUAUUAUUUGGGAUCUUAAUACUCUAAAACAGAAAGGUUCAUUACAUACUGAGUACGGCGGGGCCCGAUCCUGUUCAUUUUCUGGCAACUCCGAAUUAAUUGCGGUCGCUUGCAACAACGAAAUCGUAUUCGUGUGGAAAAUCGAAACAUUACAGCUUGUUGCGAAGUUGUGCGGAAAUGACGAAGACGUCACUUGUGUUUCGUUCAGUCCGGAUUCUCGUUAUUUAAUGUCCGGUUGUGUGGAAGGGCACUUCCGAAUUUGGUCAGUUCAUCCUAAAAAGCACAUAAUAUCCGAGACAAGUAUAAUCGUCCAGGACAAAGCGCACGAAAUCGGAAUAACCAGCGCCCAUUUCGCGUUCAAGAAUCCAUCUAGAAAAUCAAAUUCGAUAUUGAUGUUAACGGGCGGGAGCGAUGCCGUGGUAAAAACCUGGAGGCUAAUGAAUGAACGAAUCGACUUUAAAAUGAAGUUUGUUGGUCACGGUAGCGACAUCACGUGCGUUAAGUUCCCACGGCACAUAACCACGUUCAUGGCGUCUACUUCGCUGGAUAAGACAGCUCGAAUAUGGCAAACGAAAACUGGAGAUUGUCUGCAUGUCAUCGAUCCAAAAGAUGCUAUCCUCACUUGUUGCUCAUUUUCGUCAAAUAAUAAAAUACUAGCUACAGGGUCGUUGGACAAAGCUAUGUUUCUGUGGAAUUUACCGUUGGACGACGAAGACGCCACGUUAAUUAGGAAGUCGACGUCAUUGGAAGUACACAGAUUGCGAUUGAACGGAAUGUCCAAUGGCGACAGACGAGAUUUGGAAGUGGCAUUGUCAAAGCUAUCGUCGUCGACAGACAUACCAGACGAGUUCAUCUGUCCUAUAACACAGCAGAUCUUCAGAGAUCCCGUGAUAUGUUCAGACGGACAUACUUACGAUAGAUCGGCCAUGAUGUCAUGGUUCCGCCGAGGCAAAUUUAGUAGCCCAUUAACAAACGAACCGCUCAUAUCCAAGUCCAUGACGCCAAACACCACCAUAAAAGAAGCAAUCUCAGUGUUUAUCCAACAAAAUUAAUGAACGUAAAUGACUACAGAAUCAAUGGUUUUUAAAUUUAUCAAUCCGAACUUUUUUAUGUGUGUGAAAAUAUAUCAACUACUAUAGAGUCACAUUUUGGAAAUAUAAUAGUUGUUUGAUCAGAAAAUUUGCUUGUAGCAAAUUGUAA